AUGGCGUUCUUUCGUGGUGCGGCCGCUGGGCAGGGCCCAUUCCAGCGACUGACGAAGUUGUACUACGACACCAAACAGACCUACGAGUCGGCAAUGACCUCGAUGAACGCCAAAGAGGCGCUCGAGUCAGCACCCACCGGGAACACGGGUCCAGACUUCGAAAGCGAUGAGAACAUCAGGGAAUUGAAGCGAGACUUCCAGGUCCAGCAGGAUCGACUGCUCGCAUGGGGCAUCAACUGGAGUGAAAGUGGCGAGGAUACUAGCAGCUUUCGACAGGGUGGCGAAAAGGGCGCCAUGAUGGAGAAGGACAUCGAUCGCCAGAUUGAGAAAGCUGAUCUGGGCGAGGUUGUGGCAAGCAUCAUGAACCAGAUCAAAGGGUUGCUUGAUCAAAGCGGAAAAUUGAUGCAUCCUGAACGCUAUGAAAGCGUGGCGAGGAACAGGGGCGAAGUCGCGCCAAAUGCCGAAUGGAACGCACAUGAAGUUCAGACUAGUCGAGCGCUUUUGGAGCAGCUGACGACGUGCAUCGACCUUUUGUACAGCCUCAGUGAAGGCCGCCAGUCCGAGAGCGCUGGUGGCAAGGAGAAGGAACGCGAAUCCAAACGCCAGAAGAGCCGAGGUCUUGAAGACGAUAUCGAAGAAGCCUACUAUGGUGCACGGAGAGAGCAGAGUCCUAAGGGAAUGGAAUCGACAGGCCAUCUUGGGGGACAGUGGGAGCAUGCACUGUAUGUGGAGUAUGCUCAUAUCGAUUUCGACAAUGGUGUUGUCCACCGAGAACUCGAUCCGCCUCCCUACGACAUCGAUUCGAGUAUACAGGCCGAGUCACAAGCACGGAGAGUUGGUGUUCUGCGAGACAGCAAUAAGCCCGUACUGGUGGACUUUGUCACAAAAGACGUGCCACCAUACGUGAUCGGAGCAUCAGAUGAUGUAUAUGAGAUGCACGAGCUGGGAGAGAAGCUCACUAAACAGCGAAAGUCGCUGUCCUGGUGUGGGCAUCUACGACUACUUGGCUUCACCGUCUCACCAAAGGGCCCGAAUCGGACAUCAAAACCUACUGGAUCACCGAACGCUGGAGCCGCCGUCACUGCGUCCGCUCAGCAGGAGUCGCACCAGCCGAAUCUUGAGGACAGGUUCAAAUUGGCAUACAACCUGAUCGUAUCGGUGCUUGGCUACUUCGCAAAUGGAGAUAGUCAUCGCCACAUCAACAGCGGCAACGUACUCUUGAUCGGAAAGGAAGCGACACAUCAGGCAAAGGCAAAGAUUGAUAUUCGAUGCCCGUUCAUUGUGCAGCCAUGCCAGGACCUAGUAGGCAAGGCCAAGUCGGACGAGCCAUUGUCAUCGACUAUCUAUCGACAUCCUUCGCACAACGUGCAAAACACCGACAGCAUUGUCCCAGCCCAUGAUCUGUACAGUCUCGGUCUCAUGCUCCUCGAGAUUGGUCUUUGGAAGCCGCUGACCAUGCUGUGGAAGCCCAAGUAUGACCGCCGCAUCUUCAUGGAGCGUGUGCAACGAAUCUAUAGCUCAAAGCUGGCCUCGAAGUGUGGUAGCAAGUACAUGCGAUUGGUGCAGCGUUGCUUGCACGCUCCUGCCGAGUUGCUCGAAAGAGAGCAGCCUGAACAGGCAGGCGCACUCCUUCUGGAAGUCGCCAAGGAAAUGAGGCUUUGCUGCGCUCUUGACGAGGAAGGCAUGCCACCUAUCUCAGAUCUCGAGACGUUUGAGCUGCUCAUCAUUGAACAAAUGGUCAAGACUGAUGACGCGCAGACUGCACAGGGUCGUGGUACAUCUGACGUACCGCCUGUCCCACUAGCUGACCGACAGUACUCAGGCACAACAAAAGCCAGCUCGGACGCCGUUCGCAGGAAGCCAAUCCCGCUACCGUCCGUUUCUGUCCCCGCCGAGGUCAAGCCUGAGAGAAAGAAGAAGCGCUCGACGUCUCACUCCCUCAAGAAAUGGCCUGAAUUGCCCAUCGACCAAGAAGAUCUGAAUCAGUGGAACAACUUGCUUAUGCCUCGACUCCGCAAGAUACUGGAAGAUGCUCUGAACGAAUCGCCCGAGUCCUGCAGCGUCUCACUGAUGAAGAUCGGAGCAUCUCCUGAAACUGCGAAGACUACCGUCUGCAUCCAGUGUCAGCAUGCUGACAGGGUACAUGAGGUGCUACGCAAGCGUUGUCGCUUAAAGAAGGGAUGGGGCAUGAUCAUCCUCAAGGGCGAUGUGCACAGGAGCGGUUGCAAGCCUCGACGAUCAGGUGGACGGAAGAAGGCGCCGAGAAAGCCAAAGGAGCAGAAGUUCCAGCCAAAGCCUAGCUGCGGUGCGAGCAUCGGCGCGUUCAGGGACAGUGAGCAUUUGCCGCCAUGCUCUUUUGGUGGGACUAUUCUCGUUGAUGGCGAACCUUUCGGUAUGACCGUGCAUCACAUGCUGGAUGCUCCCUCAGAUUCUGAGGAUGAGGAGGAGGAAUACUCGAGUGAGGAGGAAGAGAGCAAGCCUCGUCGGUCUGCUGGGCGUCAGGUAUCACGAGCCGAGAUGAAUGCCACACUAACCUCUGUGCCUCGACUACCUCACAUGGAGUCUAGCACGCAGCUUGCCAGCGACUCUGAGCUCGACCUGUCCCCAGACGAGGACGAAGACGACGACAUCUUAUCCGACACUGAGUCCGAAGCAUCGACGAUCCGACCAGACUAUGCCAUCACCGACGACUCAGGUACCGAUCACUGGUUCCUCGACGACUCAUCCGACACGACGACCCCAUCUCUAAUCGACGACGACUUCUCCGACGAAGAAGACGACGACAUCGACGACAACGCCAGCAUCGGCGACAAGCCUGCCGUCACGCCUUACAGCCUCGAAAGCGAAGAGCUGUGCGUGACGCAACCCGCCAUCGACGACGUCGACGAAGACUUCUUCCCGGACGAGGACGACCGCGAUGAAGACCACCUCCUCAGCCACACCUUCGGCAAGGUUCACGCUAGCAGCGGCAUCCGUCGCGUUGUCCGCGGUGCGCUCAAGCACGAAGUCGACUGGGCGCUGAUUCGUAUUGACGAUGAGCGACUCGAUGUGGGCAACCUGAUCAGUGCGUCCUUCUCGGCGUCCAACUCGCCCAAGAAGCCUGGUCAGCCGUGCAAAGUGCCUGGAUCGGUCGAGGCAUCUGCGGCGGCGAAGCAGGCAAGGGAGAACUUGCCGAUGCUGACGAGCAUCACGCCAGCAAAUAAAAUGAGUGCGCUGCCAGUGGCGUGUCAUGCAAGGUCGAGUGGGUACACGAAUGGACGAAUCUCGCAGGCUAUGUGCCUUGUGAAGCUGCAUGGGAGGCAUAGCUUUAGCUACAGUUGGUGUGUGGAUAGUACGCCCCGUCGGCCGACCGUCCCUUCGAGCGCCUUGACUCGUGGCGGAAAUGGAAAUCCGCAGCGGAGCAUCGCCGCUCUACCCUCCACUGCCACUAUGCACAACAAGCCCAAUCAAAGCCAGCCACCAACAUCCUCAUCCAAUACAUCAGCAUCAGUGUCAGGAGGCAUUCUCGGCAUACCCGGCGACUCCGGCGCAUGGAUCUACAACCCCAACACAGGCGAGCUGGCAGGCCACGUGUUGGCGUAUGGCGAAAGGAUGAAGCAGGCAUAUAUCGCGCCAAUGGAGGUAUUGUUUGAGGAUAUCAAGGCACGGCUGGGCGCUGCGCAGGUUGGGCUGCCUGGUGGUGGAGGCGUUGGCGUUGCUGCAGAUGGUGCGGACGAGAACGCCCUCGCUGCCCGAACUGCUGUUGCUGGGGUUAGUGGGUUGACCGAGGGGCUGAAGAGGAUCGAGAUCAAUAGAGAGAGUAUGGGCAGCGUGUCAACAUCGACCGAGGGAAAAGGACAACAAGAUGUGGUGGUGACAGUGGCAGGCAAGAGGCGUGAUCAGAAUGAGGUGGGGAUCUUGUCGGUCGCUCAGGGUGUGGCGAUGGGAGCGAGGAUCAGUUGA